GACAUAAAAACAAGUGUAUGCUGUUCGGAGGAUUCAAAAGUGGGACAAUACUGGAUGUUGAAGUCAUUUUUAGAUACCUUGUCUUGCGUCUCGUCUUCACUUAGGUUCUUGGCUGUUGCAUCGUAAGACAUCCAGUAUCUAGUUUUUGCAGGUUGCUCUGAUUUUUUACACUCGAUAUGAGUAAGUAUAAUGGUGAGCUGACCCAGCGGGAGCAGGAGCUACUAAAAAUUCGUCGAGACAGUGACACUAAAGCUGCUGAACUUGCUAAGAUGGAGAAGAUGCUGCAGCAGACCAAAAACCUGUUGGACAAGAAGGCAGAGCCUGGCUCAGAGAGCAUGGGCUACCAGGAUAACAUGGUUGAGGACCUUGAGGAAAAAGUGCGCUCCAGCAGACGGCACAGGAGAAAUUCCCUACAUCACACACAGAUGCUGGAGAGCCAGAUGAAGACAGUGAAAGGUGAGUUGGUCGGAACACUGGACCAUCUUCAGGAGCUGAGGAAUGUCUUGCGUCGCUCACAGCAGAAAGCAGAAGAGCGCAAAAUAGCGAUGGAGAAGCUGGCAGCGGGGCUCAGGUGAACUCUGUGCUCUGCGUCUGCUUUUGAUUUGAACCAAGGUUUCGACCCUUUCAAGCUCCAGUACACCAAGUGAAUAUCUGACCUGACAUCCUACAUCGCCAACGAAAUCCGAGCAGAGCUCGCAUCUAGCAAGACCGCACCGAUACACCAGUUAAAUAGUAGAAGAAAGAGACUUAAAUUGCCAGGUUGGUCCUCUUCCUCUGCAGUGAGGACAUCAUUUUGCAUCACCAAAGACUACAUCCAAGACCAUCCAUGGUAUAAUGAUUAAAAUGAGCAUCUUCUUGUU